ACUGAAAGUAGAAAACUUCUUUCUUCUUCUUUGGACUACUUGUUGCCAUUCUACUCUGUUCUGGGGCGUUGUUGCGAUUGCGGUCCGUAGCAAAAUGGCGCCAAAGGCUUCCCAUAAAGACAAAUGGCCCCAAGGGCGAGCAAAAGCAAAACCCUUGAUCGACCCAGAUGGGAUGUUCACCGGAAUGGUGGUUCUCUUGGUGGCGAAUGGAGUUCAGUCCCGCCGGCUUGAGAUUUGGAAGCAGAAGCUGGUGCAGUUGGGGGCUACGGUCGAGGACUACUUGUCCAAGAAGGUCAAUUACAUUUUUGCUAUGAACCCAGAAGCUCUUCUCAAGCAAUUGGACAGACAACGCCUUGAAAGCUUCAAAGGAAGAGUUCUCCUUUAUCAGUGGGUGGAGGAGAGCCUGCGAUUAGGGGAAAAAGUUUCAGAGGAUUCAUAUCGCAUAGACAUCAAUUCAGGAGGGGAUGAUAGAAAUAAGUCCCAAAGUGCUAAGGAUAGUGAAGAACCUUCUCCUCUGAAGAAGGUGAGACAUAUUCCCGAGGAUGUGGAAGGUUUCAAAGCAGAUAGCAAGGGUGAUUCAGCUGAUAGUCCCAGAAACUCUGACAGCUUAGACUAUUCUCUUAGCCCCGGAAGGACUAGCCCGAAACCUUUUAGUAGUCCGAAUACGGAUUUGUCGUUGGAGUAUAAUCCACCUGAUUUAAACAGAAACAUCACUGAGAUAUUUGGAAAACUUAUCAACGUCUACCGGGCGUUGGGUGAUGAUCGAAGGUCUUUUAGCUAUUACAAGGCAAUUCCUGUUAUUGAGAAGUUGCCGUUCAAAAUUGAGAGUGCAGAACAGGUGAAAGGUCUACCUGGGAUUGGAAAGUCAUUGCAGGACCAUAUUCAGGAAAUAGUAACUACUGGAAAAUUGUCCAAGUUGGAGCACUUUGAAACAGAUGAGAAGGUGCGUGCCAUUACUUUAUUUGGAGAAAUUUGGGGUGUUGGUCCAGCUACUGCCCUGAAGUUGUACGAGAAAGGAUAUCGCACAUUAGAUGAUCUAAAGAACGAGGAUUCAUUAACUAAUUCACAGAAGAUCGGGUUGAAGUACUUUGAGGACAUCAGGACAAGAAUUCCACGCAAUGAGGUUCAAGAAAUGGAAGGGCUACUGCAGAAAACUGGAGAAGAGAUUUUGCCAGGGGUGAGUCAUAUUGCAGCUAUCUUUUGACGUUAAAGAUGAGUCUAGAUGCUGUUGGGCGCCAUAAGCAAGGCCCAAGAAAGCAAGGUUCCGUUGCUAUUCAAUGGAAGGACAUCUGCAUAUUUUGUAGGUCUGUUUGAUUUUUCGCAUUUCAUAUUUCACCUUCAGUCUUGCAUUUAGAGAUGUUCUUAUGUUCUGUUUAUCAGUUCAAACCCAGCCAGAUGUAUUUACUUUCGUCAGCAGGCAUAGCCCAAGAUCCAAGGCUUCAUUAUAUGAUCAGUGCUUUGACUUGUUUUUAAGGUACUUAUUCUAUGUGGAGGAUCUUAUAGACGUGGGAAAGCAUCUUGUGGGGACAUGGAUAUUGUAGUUACUCACCCAGAUGGGAAAAGCCAUAAAGGAUUUUUGUCACAGUUUGUGAAACGCUUGAAGGAUAUGAAGUUCUUGAGAGAAGAUUUAGUUUUCACCACUCACAGUGAACAGGGUACUGAUUCUGGUGUUGACACAUAUUUUGGUCUUUGUACGUAUCCAGGACAAGAACUGCGACACCGGAUAGAUUUGAAGGUAUAUCCAAGAGAUAUAUAUGCUUUUGGUCUCAUAGCUUGGACUGGGAAUGAUGUACUGAACAGAAGGUUGAGGCUCCUAGCUGAGUCCAAAGGUUUCCGGCUUGAUGACACUGGUCUAUUCCCAGCUACUCAGUCCUCAGGUGGAAAACGGGGUACGAGGGCAACAGCAAGCUUGAAACUUCAGACGGAGAAGGAAGUGUUUGAUUUCUUGGGUUUCCCAUGGCUUGAACCCCAUGAAAGGAACUUGUGAGAUGUGUAUGUAUAUAUGUUUUGCUUUCACAUCGUUUUUAUAUGCACAAGCAUCCAAGACCAUGAGCCGGAAUUGGUGCCACUAGCAGCCUAACCGCCCUUGCCCUUUAGUUGCGCUAUGGAGAAAAUGAAGCUUUAGCAGGUGGCUUGGGAAUUGCUUCUACAUCAUACUUCUCCAGUACAACAUUUUUGCCUACCUAUUGUAUAUAUUCAGCUGGAGAGUCAUGAAUACGCAUCGCAAACUGGGCUUUUGUGUAGAAAGGUGGAAAUUUUGGUUUGAUAAGGUUUGAUAAGUUAUUAGAUAAUCUUCUGGCUCCUGCGGUCCAUGGUAUAUACUAUUA